AUGGGGCGAGUCAGGACCAAAACGGUGAAGAAGGCCGCGAGGGUCAUCAUCGAAAAGUAUUACACACGCCUGGGAAAUGACUUUCACACAAACAAACGCGUGUGUGAGGAGAUCGCCAUCAUCCCCAGCAAGAAGCUCCGCAACAAGAUUGCUGGGUAUGUGACACAUCUGAUGAAGCGCAUCCAGAGAGGACCAGUCAGAGGCAUCUCCAUCAAGCUGCAGGAGGAGGAGAGGGAGAGGAGGGACAACUAUGUACCAGAGGUCUCUGCUCUGGACCAGGAGCUGAUUGAAGUUGAUCCUGACACUAAAGAGAUGCUGAAGCUGCUGGACUUCGGGAGUCUGUCGAACCUGCAGGUGACGCAGCCCACAGUCGGGAUGAACUUCAAACAGCCGCGAGGCGUUUAA